CUUCCAAAUUGACUCCCACAUUCAUUACAUCCGCCAUUUCAACAGAUUCUUUACGGGAACAGAACGCGGGGCAGGAAAUUGCGUCUUAUCGAAGCGUCGAGAGGAAGUAGUUUAUUUUUCCGGCGACGGUGUGUUCCUAUUGCGUGGAGCAUAUUUCAGCUGGCGGUCAGUUGGUGCUGAUGGGGGACGAAAAGGACACCUGGAAAGUUAAAACGCUGGACGAGAUUCUCCAAGAAAAAAAGCGCAGAAAAGAGCUGGAAGAAAAGGCCGACCCCAAACGCCAGAAACCUACGGAUGAGCGGGAAGCCAAGCGGGACACACUGGAGGAAGGAGAGCUACGGGAUCACAGGAUGGAAAUAACGAUCCGUAACUCCCCUUACCUGCGGGAAGACUCAACAGAAGACAGAGGGGAAGAGGACGAGUCGCUCGCUAUCAAGCCCCCCCAGCAAAUGGCCAGAAAAGAGAAAUCGCACCACAGGAAAGAGGAGAGGAGAAAGGACAAGAGGCGUCGCCGCAGUCACUCCACUGAAGGAGAGGGUUCUCUCGGAUUGCUCGACCCCGCUAUAUCCCAUCAGCCUAAGGGGUGCUGUGCUGGUUCGCUCACAGGGAAGCACAUCCGGGCGAAGGACAAAGACAAGGAGAAGGAGCGGGAGAACGAGCGCAGGAAGAGGCAGCGGGAGGAGCAGGACAAGGCACGCCGGGACUGGGAGCGGCAGAAACGCAGGGAGCUGGCCAGAGCCCACUCCCGCAUGGAGAGCUUUCCCCUUUCGCCCCUGGACCGCAGGGACCGCCUGGAGCAGCUGGAGCGGCAGCGCGAGCGGGAGAGGAAGCUCCGCGAGCAGCAGCAGAAGGAGCAGCGGGAGCAGAAGGAGCGCGAGAGGAGGGCGGAGGAGAGGAGGAAAGAGAGGGACACGCGCCGGGAGGUGCCGUCCCACCACCGGGGGCAGCUGGACGACUACGGAGAGAAGCCCAAACCCAGGCACCGGAGCCGCAGCCCCGUCCGGCCCCCGCGCGACAGCAAGCCUGAGCAGCCGGACCCCCGGAGGAUAGGUGAGGGGGCUAACGCGGUGCGUGAGGAGAAACCAGAGGACAGGGACUUGCUGUCUGACCUCCAGGACAUCAGCGACAACGAGAGAAAGACCAGCACGGCGGAGUCUUCCUCAGGCUCAGGGUCGGGCUCUGAGGAGGAAGAAGAAGAAGAGGAGGAGGAGGAGGAGGAGGAGGAGGAAGAGACAAGCAGCCAGACGGAGGCAGAGGAAGGGGAGUCCGCCUCUAACUCCGGAGGCUCUGAGCCGAGCGCAGAUGAAGUGAGUGAGGAAGAGCAGUCCGAGGAGGAGUACGAAGAGGAGGCGGAGAACGGAAACCACAUUCCUCCCGUGCCCGAGUCGCGCUUCGACCACGACACGGAGGACAGUGUGGGGGAGGAGGAGGAGACAGAGGAGGUGGAGGAGGGCGUGCCCACGCCCCAGUCCCACUCGCGCUCCCCCACCCCCGACGACAAAUACAUCCCAGACUCCCCCGUCAUGUCCCCCGUGGAGCUGAAGAAGGAGCUGCCAAAAUACCUGCCUGCUCUCCAGGGGUGUCGCAGCGUGGAGGAGUUUCAGUGUUUAAACCGGAUAGAGGAGGGCACUUACGGGGUCGUGUACAGAGCCAAGGACAAAAAGACAGAUGAGAUUGUGGCCCUGAAGAGGCUGAAGAUGGAGAAGGAGAAAGAAGGCUUCCCCAUCACCUCUCUGAGAGAGAUCAACACCAUCCUCAAAGCCCAGCACCCCAACAUCGUCACUGUCCGGGAGAUUGUGGUGGGGAGUAACAUGGAUAAGAUCUACAUCGUGAUGAAUUACGUGGAGCACGACCUGAAGAGCCUGAUGGAGACCAUGAAGCAGCCCUUCCUGCCCGGCGAGGUGAAGACCCUGAUGAUCCAGCUGCUUCGGGGAGUCCGCCAUCUCCACGACAACUGGAUCCUGCAUCGCGACCUGAAGACCUCCAACCUCCUGCUGAGCCACAAGGGCAUCCUGAAGGUGGGCGAUUUCGGCCUGGCCCGGGAGUACGGCUCUCCCCUCAAGCCCUACACGCCGGUUGUGGUGACGCUGUGGUACCGGUCCCCAGACCUGCUGCUCGGGGCCAAGGAGUACUCCACAGCUGUGGAUAUGUGGUCUGUCGGCUGCAUUUUUGGAGAGCUCCUCACCCAGAAGCCCCUCUUCCCUGGAAAAUCCGAAAUUGACCAAAUAAACAAGAUUUUUAAGGAUUUGGGGUCGCCCAGUGAGAAGAUCUGGCCAGGUUACAACGAGCUGCCUGCUGUGAAGAAAAUGACCUUCACAGAGUAUCCGUACAAUAACCUGCGUAAGCGCUUCGGGGCCCUGCUGUCCGACCAGGGCUUUGACCUCAUGAACAAGUUCCUCACCUACUGCCCCAGCAAGAGGAUCACGGCAGAGGAGGCGCUGAAGCACGAGUAUUUCCGGGAGACCCCCCUGCCCAUCGACCCCUCCAUGUUCCCCACCUGGCCCGCCAAGAGCGAGCAGCAGCGGGUGAAGCGGGGAACCAGCCCCCGCCCUCCGGAGGGCGGUCUGGGGUACAGCCAGCUGGGUGAUGACGACUUGAAGGACACGGGUUUUCAUCUGACCACUACCAACCAGGGAGCCUCCGCGGCCGGGCCGGGGUUCAGCCUCAAGUUCUGAUCCGGAAUCCGCCCCUUUUAUUCCGGAUUUGGGAAUUUUUGAGCAGACUGACUCGGGACAGAAAGGAUCUGGACAGAAACGUGAUGGCUCCGCCCCUUUCUUUCCCGUCCGCCCCCCAAUCCCAGCGCAGUGGAGACUGGAACCUGUUUUAUUCAUGGGAAUGUUGACCAAUCAGUGAGCAGCACUCUGAGCCUUGUUUUGGAGGGGGUGAAGGGACCUGUUCAGAGAGCAUGAGACGGACCGAAACGCGGCAUUACUCCCCCCCAGACUGAGACGGGAUGGGUCCUGAGCUGUGUGGCUCUCGCCCAAAUGCAAGCUUUUAUUAAAGAGUCCAUGCUUCUCCCCCCUCCAACUGCUGGUUUCUACACUUCAGUGGUACUCUGUACUCUGUACUCCAUCAUAUCGCUGAAUUAAGGCGUUAUUUCUUGUGAAGAUGUAGUGGGAAAAAUAAACAAAAAAAAUAUUUUGGACUGUAGGCUAGUAGUUUUAUCUUCUACUUUUUUCUUCUUUUUUUUUAAGCUGUGAUUAGUGGGACACAUUUUCUGGAGAGUUCUAUGAUUUAGAUUUAUUCUUGUUUUCAUUUGCAGGAAGAAAAUGGUUUUAUUCAGUAGAAUGGAUUCAUUUCUGAUUCAACUGACUUCAGCAAAGUGUUGACCCACACUGUCAUAGGACUUUUUUUUAUAAAUAUAUAUAAUUAAAAUGUUCAAUAUGAUUGAAA